CUCGAUUCUCGUAAGAUUCUCGAUUCUCUACCUCUAGUCAUCUCCCUCGCCUCGUUCGCUUUUAGCUUCAAGACUGAUAAAAUUAUCACGUAACUCGUGGGUAUUUAGAUUAAAUAGAAAUAGUUGUUGUUUGUUAUAUUUGACGUUAAUAUUGUCUCGAACAGUUUACCGAAGCUUACUUUGGUCUUUCUCUCCGGUGACUAAUCAUCUCGAAGCAGUCUCGAAGUUAGAGUUAAAGCAUGAUAAGGACGUUUAAUUAGUGAUCGAAAUAAUCUGUGUGAUUUGUAAGAGUGAAUUGUUGUGAAGCGAUUUAUAUGUAAUGUCUGACGGAGACCCUUCUCUCGAAGAAGAUAUUCCAAAGCCUUUGUUAGAAAGGCCCGAAGAAAAUGUGUUCACGCCAAAGAUAGCGACUCCUAUAUUUGCUGGAAGCGUGAAGAUUCACCACAAGCCAUCAGACGCUGCGGAAACUGAAUCUUUUCUAUCUGAUGCACAGCGCAAUGAGCUUGCGUUCCAACAGUUAUUCCAAGAUGGAGAUGGAGAAUUUCACGAAACGGAGAAAGCGGCGCAGGAGAGGAUCGCUGAUCUGCACGCCAUGUCGGUGCUGAGUACUUACCAGGACAACCUCUCGCAGGAUAUGAAUACCGACCGGGACAACGGUAGCGAAGCAUCUACUCGUCCCGCUGAAGAUUGUGGUUGCGGACUACCGGCCGCCCCAGCGGACGUAACCAACAAUAAUGGGAAACCAGUGGCGAAUCAUUGCUCGAUAGUGAUGGGAGGUAUCCUUAACAAUCCAUCGUUAACGUUCAACGAUAGAGUGCGGUCGGUUGACUUUGUGUUGGUGUGGGAGGCGGGUAAAGAUGACGCGACUACUGAAGAGGCAUACGAACAUAGACGAAUAUUUGAGCAGAAUCUUGAGAACGAGGGUUUGCAACUGGAAAAAGAAGCGCCUGAAGAACUCUAUGGAUUACACUUUAUUAAGAUACACGCGCCAUUAGCGGUGCUGAGAGAUUACAGUGAAGUACUCAAGCUUAGAAUGCCGAUGAAGGAAUGCAGUAAGAUACGAAAAGGGGCUCGGACGAAUGCCAUACUGAAUGCUGCGAUGUAUAUGUCUAAGUUUUCAGCGCUAAAAGAUGUUCAUGAGAAGACGAAUAGUCUAAUAGACAAAGUAGACGAAUGUUGGGAUAAUGUGAUGUCGAAGUUAAGAGUAGAUCCCGCGCUGUUCCCGGAGAGAAAGCAUCGGUUGACUGCGAUAUAUUCUAAGGACAAGGAAUACUUGUUCGAUACAUCAUCCGAAUGCUUUUGGACGCCAUCGAUCAGGUCUCGCAUAGUCCAGUUUAUCCUGGACCGCAAGAAGUUCUCCGAAUCAGCGAAUGACGAUUUUGCUUUCGGAAUAACCAGACUAAUAUCCAAUAACACGUAUAGCGCCGCGUAUCCCUUACACGAUGGUGAUCUGAAAACUCCAGGGUCAAUGCGUCAUCUCCUGUACACGGAAUGGGCGAGCGUUUCGAAGUGCCUCAAGUAUCAGCCCUUGGAUUACGUAAAGGAUUAUUUUGGCGUCAAAAUUGGGUUAUAUUUUGCAUGGCUAGGCUUCUAUACACACAUGUUAAUACCCGCGUCUCUGGUUGGUCUCAUAUGUGUCAUAUAUUCUGCUGCCACUGUUUACUCCAACAAGCCCAGCGAAGACAUAUGUAACUACAACUCCACGAUAAAGAUGUGCCCGCAAUGCGACUACUACUGCGACUUCUGGGACUUGAAGACGACCUGCUUACAGUCACGGAUAACAUAUCUAUUCGAUAAUCCCACAACUGUUUUCUUCGCUAUCUUCAUGAGCUUUUGGGCGGCGUGUUUCCUGGAGCUGUGGAAGCGCUACUCGGCGGAGAUGACGCACCGCUGGGACCUGACGGGCUUCGACGUGUACGAGGAGCACCCGCGCCCGCAGUACCUCGCGCGCCUCGCGCACGUCAAGCGCACGCAGCUGAACGUGGUGACGGGCGAGCGCGAGCCCAUGGUGCCGUUCUGGCGCAUGCGGCUGCCGGCGGCGCUCAUGUCGUUCAGCGUGGUGGCGCUGCUCAUCCUGCUGGCGCUGGCCACGGUGCUGGGCGUCGUGCUCUACCGCAUGUCGCUGCUGGGCGCCAACUUCCUGCGCCAGCAGGACAACGUGCUCAUCACCUACAGCCCCAUCAUGUUCACGACGGCUACGGCUGCCUCCAUCAAUCUUGUCUUCAUCUGUAUAUUCAAUUACAUCUACCAGUUCCUAGCCGAAUGGCUGACGGAGAAGGAACUCCUUCGAACUCAAACGGAAUUCGACGACUCGCUAACUCUUAAAAUUUAUCUACUUCAAUUCGUCAACUACUACGCUUCUAUUUUCUACAUCGCAUUCUUUAAGGGCAAGUUCGUGGGCCGACCUGGGGACUAUGUUAGAUUUUUCGGUCAUAGACAAGAGGAGUGUUCUCCCGGAGGCUGUCUCCUUGAACUGUCGAUUCAGCUGGCCAUCAUAAUGAUCGGAAAGCAGUUCAUUAACACCGUCGUGGAGAUGAUGAUGCCUUACGUGCUCAAAUGGUGGAACAUUCUUAGGACUAUUGGAAGGAAGAAGAGGAUAAAGAGUCCGCUGCAGUGGGUAAAGGACUUCAAGUUAGUCGAUUUUGGGAAUAUGGGGCUGUUUCCGGAGUAUUUGGAAAUGGUGCUGCAGUACGGGUUCGUGACGAUCUUCGUGGCGGCGUUCCCGCUGGCGCCGCUGUUCGCGCUCAUCAACAACGUGCUGGAGAUGCGGCUGGACGCCAAGAAGUUCCUGACGUGCUACCGCCGGCCCGUGCCGCAGCGCGUCAGCGACAUCGGCGUCUGGUACCGCAUCCUCGACUCCAUCGGCAAGCUCAGCAUCAUCACCAACGGCUUCAUAAUAGCCUUCACGUCGGAAUUCAUUCCUCGUUUGGUUUAUCAGUUCACGAACGGUUCCAUGGACCAAUACGUGAAUCACACGUUGACUGAUUUCAAAAUAUCCGUGCUGGGGAAUUUAACAAAAUCGACGUACAACGAAACAAUGUGCAGUUAUCCGGGUUAUUGGCACUAUAAGGAUGGCGACGAUUACGAGCACACGAACUGGUACUGGCACGUGAUGGGAGCUCGGUUGGCGUUUGUCGUUGUAUUCGAGAACGUGGUGGCGCUGGUGAUGAUCAUCGUGCGCUGGGCGAUCCCCGACAUGUCGGGCGAGCUGCGCGACCGCAUCCGGCGCGAGGCCUACGUCAUCAACAGCUUCAUCAUGGAGGAGACGCGCGCGCGCUCGCAGACGCGCCGCUCGCCAGGUGAGGAUGGAGACGAAUCCAAUUGGAACCAUUUGGCUUCACUCUCUGGUUCCGACUUCGAUCUCGCAGCGCACGGGGACCAUCAGGACAUCCGCGACUUGUCCAAGCACGUCGUAACUCAACCGCCAGAGGGCUCGCCUGGACCCGAACAUGUAUAACUUUACAUUAUAUUUGACUGAGAAGUAACCCUACAAUUAUUAUAUCAGUAUGUUUAUUGCAUAUGAAUCAUAGAGCAUUUAAACAUUUGCCCGAUAAGGUAAAAAAUAAAAUCGCGCCAAAACGUUUAAGUCAUGUGACGGCUCACAUGUUAUUAUGUAUGACGUCACAAUACUUAUACAUUACAAGUUUACAAUAUAUAAUGUGUAUUUCACAUUGAGUAUGUGCGUGUAUGCGUCUGGAUAAGUUAAUUGUUGUAAAGCAAGUCUAUUUUCCGAAAAUAUUUUGACGCGACUUAUUUAAAAAUAAUAGUCAUAUAAUUUGGAAAUUAAAUAUGAUGAUAGAUGCUUUAAAAGGUACUAUUUUUUGGAAUUACUGAAAUUCAUAGGAACGCUAGUUUUUGUUAAGAUAUACAUAAUGUUCGUUCACGAGCGGCGUAUGCGUCCCGAUACGUAAAUAUGAAUACCGCGCUAUUUAAUAACGUGUGAAAACACUGGCGGUCGUAUUUCCCCGAGUCUUCUAUUUCAAGACUUCAGAACAAAAAUUUGAGGCAAUCUUUUCAAGACUCAUUAAAAUACGUCAGUCACGCAGGAAUGAAAGAUCUUAUUUUUAUUUAUGUCUAUUUAUACGUUUUUCUUUGAUUUUUUUCUAUUUUUCUAAUCAUAUUAAUCAAUAACUUGUCUCGAUAAAACAUUUAUUAACACUUAAGUUUAGGAAUAUGCGGUUUCGUUUUUUUCUUGUUAACAAGUCUCGAAAACGUAAAUUGUACUUAAUAAAAAACAUAUCGUAAAUGAAAUCAAGACGACGAUAAGAAUCGGAGUGUAAAGCCUAAGCUUGUAAUGAUAUUUAAAAAUCCCAAAAAUUUAGUGCAUUCAAAUGUAUACUUUGUUGCUAUGUUAAAUAAAGUUUAUUUUAGUAUGCAAACCAAAAGACGUUACGAGUUUGCUUUGUUUUAAUGUGGAAUCGUGGUAGAGAUUAAAUGAAUCUCAAAAUAUUUUAUAGAGCUUGUUAAUACAUAUUUUUAUAAACAAACAAACAGUCUGAUAUAAGAUGAUAUUAAUUAUUUAUUUAUCAUAAUAUUUAUUAAGAAGAUUUCGUUUCGAUAAAUUAAAUCGGGAUAAGAAACAGAAGCUAGAUAGACGUGUAACAUAGUGUUCAUUAGAAACAAUAAAAUAUUUGUAUUUGUAAAUGUAGUCGUCCGUUUUGUACGCUUGCCGCUUAGAUGUUGUCAAUUUUUAUGGUCGUCAAUAGUAAAACUUCGAAGUUUGAAAAUCGUGUUUCGUUACUGGAACGUUUUUAGCGUCCGUCGCAGAUUAAUCAUAUUUUAGCAAAGAGGUUGGUCAGUUUUAUAACGAAACCUCGUUUUGGAAUUAUGUUUCUUUAAGAAAAUAUUAGAAAUAAUAAAAUAUGUUUUGCAUU